GAAGAACACUCAGCGCACCGCCGACUCCCCUCGAACCAUGAACCGCAGCCGCACCAGCAGCACUGCCGACAGGGCCGCGACAGCCGCGCUUUGGGGCUGUGAGUUAAACCAAGAGAAGCGGACCUGGACCUUCAAACCGCAGAAGGAGGGGAAGCAAGACUGUAAGGUGUUGCUCAGUACGAUUUGCUUGGGAGAGAAAGCCAAAGAGGAGAUGAACCUCGUGGAGAUCUUGCCCCCAGCAAGCCAGGAGGACAAGAGGACGAAGUCCAUCAUCAUUGCCUCGCUGCAGGCCUCUGUCCUGCCCAUGGUCAUGAUGGGCCUGGAGCUUUCUCCUCCAGUCACUUUUCAGCUCCGGGCUGGCUCUGGACCCGUGUUCCUCAGUGGCCAGGAAUGUUACGACACUGCAGACCUCUCUUGGGAGGAAGAGGAGGAAGAGGAAGAGGAGGAGGAGCAAGAGCCAGAGGAAGAAGAUGAUGAUGAUGAUGAUGAUGAAGUUGAUGUGUCCCUAGAGGAGACCCCUGUCAAACAAGGCAAGAGGCUGGUGCCCCAGAAGCUGACAAGUGUUGCCAAGAAAAAGAAGGUGGAAAAAGAAGAGGAGGCAGUGAGACCCAGUCCCAAAGACAAGAGCCCUGUGAGGAAGGCCAGACCCACACCCAGACCCAAAAAGCCUGGAUUCAAGAAAUGAGGAGCCAGGAGUGGCCUGGCCAGUGACCAAGGGAGGACCUGCAAGGCCACCAUGCACAGCGAGCCUUCCUGGGGUAUACCGUGGACCUUCCUGGGGUGCACCAUGGGACCAGGGAACAUCCCCCCAGGCCCCUCCAUCUGAGUCUGAAUUUGAUGGCGGUAUUGGGAGGCAACGCAAGAGCCCCUCACCUCACCUCUCCCGAUUCAGCAGGACCUGGAGGGAAGAGUCCCCAUCUCAGGGACACAAUAAAGUUUGCU